ACGUUACAUCGUACAUUGUGUUUAGGUGAUCAGGAAAAGUGUAAAGUUUCGGCACGUAGUUUCAGGGUUGACGUUUGACAUGACUUAGCAAGCUACUCCCAUCAAGCUAACUGAAAUGUGAGAUCUGGAAAGUUUUAUGUUGUAUUCAGUCUGUGGAUCAGUCAAAAUACAAGUUUGUAACAACGCUUCUGGAGUUAGAUUGACUACUGUUAGCUAGGUGUUAGCUGAGCACGACGUGUGUAACGUUAUGACAAGUGUAGCUCCAAUGCGUAGACUAGCUAGCUAUGCUGAUACACCAUCUGACUAGGGCUCUGUUAACAUCCGGACGACCGUUAACGUUACGCUUCCAGAUACACAGGGGGUUUAGCGUUACCGGGCAGAAGCGGACAGACUCCCCGGGAGACAUGAUGCGGCGGACUCAGAUCAAACGGGUUCUCUGUGUGGCGGAGAAGAAUGACGCGGCCAAAGGCAUCGCGGAAAUCAUGUCCAACGGCAGAGCGAGGAGGAGUGAGGGGCUGUCUGUCUAUAAUAAACUCUAUGAGUUUGAAUACCACCUGUUUGGACAGAAUGUGACGGUGUGUAUGACGUCAGUGUCAGGUCAUCUGCUGGGGCUGGAGUUCAAGGCACAGUUCCAGAAAUGGCACAGCUGUAAUCCUGUCCUGCUGUUUGAUGCCGAGGUGGAGAAGUAUUGUCCUGAGAACUUUGUUCAGAUCAAGCGGACCCUAGAGAGAGAGGUGAGACAGUGCCAGGCUCUAGUCAUCUGGACAGAUUGUGACAGGGAGGGAGAGAACAUCGGCUUUGAGAUUAUAGACGUCUGUAGAGCAGUCAAGCCCGGUGUGCAGGUGUUCCGUGCUCGGUUCUCUGAGAUCACUCCCAACUCUAUCAGGAGAGCAUGUGACACGUUAACGGAACCAGACGGUAACGUCAGUGAUGCUGUGGACGUACGUCAGGAGCUGGACCUCAGGAUAGGUGCAUCGUUUACCAGGUUCCAGACACUCCGCCUCCAGAAAAUCUUCCCCGCCUCGUUAGCCAAUCAGCUGAUCUCGUAUGGCAGCUGCCAGUUCCCUACGCUGGGAUUCGUCGUGGAACGUUUCAAAUCCAUCCAGGCGUUUAUACCGGAGACGUUCUACAAGAUCAGAGUCCUCCAUGAGGUAGAGGAGGAGUCAGUAGAGUUCGGCUGGAAGAGGAACAGACUGUUCAACCACACGGCCUGUUUAGUACUCUACCAGAUCUGUAUGGAGGUAGGAGGGGUGUCUGUCUAGUACUCUACCAGAUCUGUAUGGAGGUAGGAGGGGUGUCU